GAGUUUUAAAAAGCGCAGGCAGACCAUGCCAUGACGACUUCACUGAUCCUGCAUCCACGCUGGGCGGAUACCUUGAUGUACGUGUACGAGGAGCACCCGCAUGAAAACAGCCAGAAUAAAACCCCAGCCAUGGAGGCGCUAGGUGGGACCUGCCCAACGAGCCACUGCAGGGAUCUUAUCACGCACCCCGUUUUGGGCCGGCAUUCCGGUCCCAUCGGGGCGCACCAGGGUUCUGUCUACACGGAUAUACCCGCUCCCGACGCUGCCAGGCAGUGCCCUCCGCCGCCGGCCUCGUCCAACGCGACUUUGGGGUACGGCUACCCCUUUGGAGGCAGCUACUAUGGGUGCCGGUUCUCCCAUUCCCACAACGUGAACUUGCAGCAGAAACCUUGUUCCUACCACCCGGCCGAAAAGUACCCCGAGCCCAGCGGCUCCCUGCCCAGCGAAGAACUCUCCUCCAGGGCCAAAGAGUUUGCUUUCUACCCCAGCUUUGCCAGCUCCUACCAGGCGGUCCCUGGCUACUUGGACGUGUCAGUGGUGCCGGGGAUCAGUGGACACCCGGAGCCGAGGCACGACGCUUUGCUUCCCAUGGAAGGCUACCAGCACUGGGCGCUCUCCAAUGGCUGGGACGGGCAGGUCUAUUGCUCCAAGGAGCAGGCACAGUCUACCCAUCUCUGGAAGUCACCUUUCCCAGAUGUAGUACCUCUCCAGCCAGAGGGGAGCAGCUACCGCAGGGGCCGGAAGAAAAGGGUCCAGUACGCAGCCAGCAAGUUCAUUACCAAAGAGAAGCGUCGAAGAAUUUCGGCCACCACCAACCUGUCCGAACGCCAAGUCACUAUCUGGUUCCAGAACCGCAGGGUCAAAGAGAAAAAGGUAGUUAGCAAAUCGAAGGCUUCUCACCUUCAGGCUACCUGACAGAGAAAGGUUUGAGGGGGGUGGGCGUGGGGGAGGGGAGGCACCAAGGAACAAUCGCGGAUAUUUAUCGGAUCCACCUGUAUAAUGGUAACAACACCCAUUCGGACUCUGCCAUGUUUCCAUUGGCCAUUGACACCCACGCAGAAAGAAACAUUAACUUUGGUUCUGUCCCCGGCCCUCUUCCGCCGUCCUCCCACUGUGAAUAUCUCACCGGCCGCUCUCCGGCAUCCCCCCCCUAACCUUCACCGUGUGUAUGAAAAGGCAAAUGUCGGUUUGUUCUGUUGCAAAGGCUCGAAUCCUGAAUGUUAUUUUGUAACUGUAUAAUCGCCUCGCACAGCCCCGCGCGUCCUCCGCUGCAUCUCUCCGGCUGCGCCGCCCGCGGAUGUCACAAGUAGGGAGACCCGGGUUCUGUAGCAGAAUUCUAUCCUGUUACAUUAGCCCUGUGCCCCUCCGCCGCACAGGAACCCCCUGAAAUAAGGCUGCUAUCGUGCGAAGAGAAUAUUUUUAUUAUUAAUAAUGUUAUUAAUUAUUGUUAAUAUUAUUCUGCAUCACUUACAAAAAUAACAAAUACUCGUGUAGAUCAGCCAGGACAUGAAAAAAGUGACUAGCUAGCCAAUACAUUCCUGAGCGGAAGUUCUCAUGAGGGUGGGGAAAGAUUAUCUAUCUCUCCCAUCAAACUUAGAAUGGCCGGUUUGGUUUUUCGCAGACAUGAUAGAAAAUGCACCAUGUUGUCCCUGGUUCCCUACGCCCCGGGAACGUCGGGUCAGCUCAAUGUCAGCUCGGUCUGUAAAAGCGAUCUUUUUUUUUAAAUGUCUUGUAUCUGUAUAUACUAGUGUGGUGUCCAGAUAUGUACUGAA